CGAUUAGCUCCGCCAGCGGCGCGCUGCCUAAUCGCGGACGCCAAGGCAUGUGUCAUGGAGUGCUCCCCUUAACGUUACCUAAUGGGACUUCAAGUGUGUGAGGCUGUUACGAUGGAAUAUGUGCAAAGAGAAACAACAACGCUGCUGGAGACUAAACUUCGAUCUGCUGUCUUCAAAGACUCUCCACGGUUGGUGCCCGCCCUUGUUCGGAGGCUCGCUUGUCCCGGUGCCCGGCGAAGGGACAGGCGGGGGUAGCCAGAGGCAUGGCGGCGUCAGCGGGAGCCGGCCGCCCGCCGUCAUGGGCCUGAGGUUCCGGCGCCUGCGCAGAAUGUCCAGCGGGGAAGACGUGGUCACACCCUCCUCGUCAUCUUCGGGUGCCCAGCCUCACCAGCAGCAGCCGGCGCAUCCACCCAACAAUGGCAGCUCGGAAGAGGAAGAGGCCUGCGAUGGCCUGGCGGAACUGUCCAGGCCCGUCAGGCCGUUGCCCAUCAAGGAUGGAUACCUGCACGUUCUGUCAGGAGACCACCUAUGGUUCAGGCUGUACGUGGCGCUUCACGCGGAGAAGCUGGACGCGUACUACGAGCUGUCGGACAAGGUACCCGUGAUAUCGGUCAGUCUGGCCGGCUGUGAAGUGGUCACGCCAGACAAGGUCACCGGUUCGGCUCCCGGAGAGGUCUGCUUCCCCAUACAGCUUGUCAAGAAGGUGAGUGAGAAAAGUAACGGUCUAGCGCCUGCAUACCUGCGGCUUUAUUUCAUACAGUGGCACUGA